CGGGAGCUCUCAUAUUUGGCUGUACUGUGGCGCUGUGCUUCUUGAUAAGGGACCUCAUGUUUUACGUGAUUGGUGGAAUUACUGUUUCCAUCAUAGCGUUUGUCUUCACCAUUAAGUUCCUCUGUGAGCUUGCAGCGAGGGUUGUCAGCUUCUUGCAGAAUGAAGAUCCAGGGCGACGCGGUGACCGCAGCAUCUACGACUAUGUCCGGGGAAACUACCUUGACCCACGUUCCUGCAAGGUGUCUUGGGAUUGGAAGGAACCACAGGAAGUGGGGCAGACCAUGAGCUUUAGAGUCCAGCUGUUCUACAAGAAUGGCCAGCCUUUUCCGGCCCACCGGCCUGUGGGGCUGAGGGUCAACAUCUCCCACAUCGAAUUGGCUCUGGACAUCCCUGUUACACAGGAGGUUCUGCAAGAACCACAGUCCAAUGUAGUAAACGUUGCCUUCACUGUGCGCAAGGCCGGACGCUAUGAGGUUGCUGUGAAGCUUGGUGGCCUCAAUGUGGCCUACAGCCCUUAUUACAAGAUAUUUCAGCCAGGUACAGUUGUCCCAUCCAAAACCAAGAUCGCCUACCAUUUCUCCACCCUGGUGCUAACAAAUGGCCAGCAGCACGUUUUGCAGAUUGAGCCCAGAGACGAGUAUGGGAACCCCACCAGUAACUCCACAUCUCUCACAGAUGAAGCCAACUACAGUGUCCAUGUGCACUCUCUGGGCACGGUGGAUGAUGACAGUCUGGAGGACUACUACAGUAGGUCAGUGACUCUCAAUAAGCAGCAGUGCCAGGUUCUGCUCAGACUGACUCUGAGGAAGACGGGCUGUUUCAGGGCCCGCAUCUCCUACACGGACCAGCCGCUCAGCAACGGGGAAUUUAACAUUAUUGUUCUCAGUGAGAAUGAGAAGACCUGUGUGGAGAAGAAUGUGUCCACUCCAGGCAUAAGUAUCUACUUCGAGGCAUACCUUUACAGCAAUGGGAACUACAGUUCUUCAAGGCAGUUACCAGCCUCCUCUUUACUGGCUCCCCAGAGGAGGCCCUCCAUGGGAGAAGAGGAGGAGGAGCACGACUCUCCUGGAGGACAACCUGAGAAGGUCAAGAAACCAAAAAAGGUCUACUGUUACAUAUCGCCAAAGCAACUGUCCGUGAAGGAGUUCUACCUGAAAAUUAUCCCAUGGCGCCUUUUCACCUUUCGAGUAUGUCCAGGAACGAAGUUCACCUAUUUUGGACCUGACCCGGUUCACAAGUACCUAACUCUAGUGGUGGAUGAUGGGAUACAGCCUCCUGUGGAGCUCAGCUGCAAAGACAGGAACAUCAUGGCUGCCACCUUCAUUCGCUUCCUGCACAAGAACAUUGGUGGCUCUGAAACGUUCCAAGACAAGGUGAACUUCUUUCAACGUGAACUCAGGCACAUCCACUCCAAGAGACCUCGCACCAAGACUUGCCUAAAGAUCACUCGACACUCCAUUCUGGACUCGUCCCUUAAGGCUACAAAGAACUUCUCGGUGUCAGACUGGAGUAAGAACUUUGAGGUUGUCUUUCAGGAUGAGGAAGCUCUGGACUGGGGAGGGCCUCGCAGGGAGUGGUUUGAGCUGGUCUGUAAGACCCUUGACACGAACAACGAACUGUUCACCCGCUUCAGCGACAACAACCAGGGCCUGGUGCACCCGAACGCUGAGCCACCCCACCUGCGUCUCAGAUGUACGAGUUUGCAAGGGUCGCGCGUAGGAAAGUGCUUGUAGGAGUCGGCUCUUGGUGGGGCCUACAAACAGCUGGUCCGGGCUCGCUUUACACGUUCCUUUGCCCAGAUCAUUGGCCUCAGGAUGAACUACAAGGUAUUUGAGACGGAUGACCAGGAGUUCUACAAAACUAAAGUCUGCUUCAUCCUAAACAAUGACGUGAGUGAAAUGGAUUUGGUGUUUGCCGAGGAGAAGUACAGCCAGUCGGGACAGCUGGAGAAGGUGGUGGAGCUAAUAUCAGGGGGAUCUCAAAUCGCUGUUAAUAAUGAAAACAAGAUUCAUUAUCUCAACCUGCUGGCCCAGUACAGACUAGCCAGCCAGGUGAGAGAUGAGGUGGAACACUUCCUGAAAGGCUUGAACGAACUGGUUCCAGAAAACCUGCUAGCCAUAUUUGAUGAGAAUGAGUUAGAGGUAUCUGUGAUGUGUGGCACCGGUGAUAUAAACGUGCAGGACUUCAAGACCCAUGCUGUGAUUGUUGGAGGAUCAUGGCACUUUAGAGAGAAAGUGAUGAGGUGGUUCUGGGCCGUGAUGUCCAGCUUCACCCAGGAGGAGUUGGCGCGUCUGCUACAGUUCACCACCGGCUCCUCUCAGCUGCCCCCUGGGGGAUUCAACACCCUUUGCCCCUCCUUCCAGAUCAUUGCUGCCCCCACACACAGCACCUUGCCCACUGCACACACAUGGUGAUUUUAACAGCUGUGUCUCCCUACGUACGAACCCUAUGAGGAACUGCACAAGUUGUUGAAGCUGGCCAUCAGUGAGGGCAGUGAGGGCUUCGGCAUGCUCUGACUCUCCCAUCACUGGCAACUGUGGUUCCACUCGUUCAAGAGGAGACCAGCACUUGCCCGCUCCAGUUGCACCAGUUUCCUGCAUUCAUCUGCGUUCAACAGUGGGCUUCCUGGCAGAGAAUCACCCCAGACACCCAGAGAAUCACCCAGACACCCAAUCGAUACUCUCUUCAGGAAGGAGACUGGGACUUCGCAUUACGGGAAGUCCCCAGAAGACUGUCCUGGAACUGGAACUCAACAUAUGAACUCUAAUGCUACUGUUUGUAAUAUAAAAUAUCUUGCUUUUUUUAAAAAAAAGGAAACAGGAACUGCUGUAAAAAGGUGAUGGUUUGGGCUAGUUUGUAUUGUCUUAAUGCUAAAGUUUGCUUAGUUUUUAUAUGUUUGAAAGACCCAAGUUUAUGCUAGAGGAAAGGCCUUGAGUAUUACUUUAACUGCUUCUUUUGCAUUUUGCAAACAUGAGGAACACUUAAGUACAACAACGGCCUCCAUGUGAUGUGGGCGACAUGUACAGCAACUUUGGCCUUAUACGAUCAGGGACCGGAUGUGUGUUUGUAAAUAUAUAAUAUCACUCUUUAUUCCAAUACUUGUACAUACAGUGUGUAUACAUAGGUUAUCAUCUUAUUACCUUUUUCGGUUUGACGUUAAGGGAGAAGGGAUUUCUUAUUGUUGCACGUUUGAUGGAUUCAUUACAUCUUUUUUAUUUUAUUUUUUCCUCAAAGAAGGAAAG